AAACUAAAACAUAAAAAGGAAGCAUACAGAAAGUGGAAGCAAGGAUGGGUAACCUGGGAAGAAUGCAGAAACAUUGUCUGAGCAUCCAGGGAUGAGAUUAGGAACGCCAAAGCCCAGAUGGAAUUGAAUCUGGCCAUAGAUGUCAAGGACAAUAAGAAGGGCUUCUGUAAGUACAUUAGUGACAAAAGGAAGGCUAGGGAAAAUGUGGGCCCAUUGCUGAACAAGAUGGGGAACCUGGUUACACGGGACAGGGAAAAGGCCGAGGUACUGAAUGCCUUCUUUGCCUCGGUCUUUACCAUCAAGACUGGCCCUCAGGAAUCCCAGGUCCCAGAGACCUGGGGGAAAGGCUGGAGGAAGGAAGAUGGACCCGUGGUGGGAGAUGAUCAGGUCAAGGAAUACUUAAGCAAACUGGACAUUCAUAAUUCAUGGGCCCUGAUGGGAUGUACCCACAAGUACUGAGGGAGCUGGCAGAUGUCCUCGCAAGGCCACUCUUGAUAAUCUUUGCUUGAUCAUGGUGACUGGGAGAAGUGCCUGAAGACUAGAGGAAAGCAAAUGUCACUCUUAUCUUCAAAAAGGGCAAGAAGGAGGACCCUGGGAACUACAGGCCAGUCAGCCCCACCUCGAUGCCUGGGAAGGUAAUGGAGCAGCUAAUCCUGGAAACCAUUUCCAGGUACAUGAAGGACAAGAAAACCAUCAGGAGGAGCCAGCAUGGAUCCACCAAGGGGAAGUCAUGCUUGACCAACCUGAUAAGCUUCUAUAAUGAUAUGACCAGCCUAAUGGAUGAGGGGAAAGCAGUGGAUAUAGUCUACCUGGACUUCAGUAAGGCCUUUGACACUGUCUCCCAUAAGAUCCCCAUAGACAAGCUGUUAAAGUGGCCGUUGCUGGAUGGGCAAACAGCGAGGUGGUUUGAAAACUGUCUGAAUGGCUGGGCCCAGAGGGUGGUGGUCAGCGGCACAAAGUCUAGUUGGAGGCCAGUAGUAACUAGGGGUGUACUGCAGGGGUCAGUACUGGACUCAGUCCUGUUCAACGUUUUCAUUAAUGAUCUGGAUGAUGGGGCAGAGUGUACCCUCAGCAAGUUUGCAGAUGACACAAAACAGAGGGGCGUGGCGGAUACACCAGAGGGUCUUGCUGCCAUCCAGAGGGACCUGGACGGACUGGAGAAAUGGGCAGAGAGGAACCUCAUGCAGUUCAACAAGGGGAAGUACAAAGUCCUGCACCUGGAAAGGAACAACCCCAGGCACCGGUACAUGCUGGGGGCCACCCAGCUGUAAAGCAACCUUGCAGAAAAGUCUAUGGGGGUCCUGGGGGUCACCAAGUCGAGCAUGAGCCAGCAAUGUGUCCUUGCAGCAAAGAAGGCUAAUGAUAUCCUGGGCUGCAUUAGGCAA